CGCGUUGCCCGAGUCCGGCUGUAGCCUCGCGCCGGCUGCUUCUCAGCUGAACCAGAGCCCGAUCCUUAGACGGCGACGGGCUGAAGCGACGGUGGAGGCGACCCCGCCCCGGGGCUCCUUUGUUGCGGCGGCAGCGGCUCUGCAGGGUGCUGGGUUCCGCUCCUCUCGGCCCGGGCGCUGGCGGCCGGAGCGAGCGCUGCUGAGGCGGCGGCCUGAGCCCUCAGCGCCCGGAGAGUGGAGGAAACGCUCCCAAGAAUUUGGCGGGCUGGAAAUGCGUUCGAAGGAGGAGCAUCCACACCCACGGAAGGAGGCCGAGGCAGUUACAGCUGGAGCAAUGGAAGAGUUAAUAGUUGAACUCCGUCUCUUUCUGGAACUUCUGGACCAUGAAUAUCUAACGUCAACUGUCAGAGAGAAAAAGGCAGUCAUCACCGACAUCCUGCUGCGGGUCCAGGCGGCCAAAGGUGUGGAAGUGAGAGACCAUGCUCCGAAGCAGGAGACCCCCAGCAGCCUGCCGGCCCCUCCCCAGAUGCCUCUGCCAGAGAUCCCGCAGCCUUGGCUGCCGCCUGACAGUGGGCCGCCCCCGCUGCCCACGUCCUCGCUCCCAGAGGGCUACUACGAGGAGGCCGUGCCCCUGAGUCCCGGGAAGGCUCCAGAAUACAUCACCUCAAAUUAUGACUCGGAUGCGAUGAGUAGCUCUUAUGAAUCGUACGAUGAAGAGGAGGAGGAUGGAAAGGGGAAGAAAAUGCGACACCAGUGGCCCUCGGAGGAGGCCUCCAUGGACCUGGUGAAGGACGCCAAGAUCUGCGCCUUCCUGCUGCGCAAGAAGCGCUUCGGACAGUGGACCAAGUUGCUCUGCGUCAUCAAGGACACCAAGCUACUGUGCUAUAAGAGUUCCAAGGACCAGCAGCCGCAGAUGGAGCUGCCUCUCCCGGGCUGCAGCAUCACCUACAUCCCGAAAGACGGCAAGAAGAAGAAGCAUGAGCUGAAAAUCACUCAGCAGGGCACAGACGCCCUCGUGCUGGCGGUGCAAAGCAGGGAGCAGGCUGAGCAGUGGCUGAGGGUGGUCAAAGAAGUCUACAGCGGCUGCAGUGGGCCUGUGGAUUCUGAAUGUCCCCCCCCAUCAAACUCGCCCGUGCCCAAGGCAGAACUGGAGAAGAAACUGUCCUCAGAGAGACCGAGCUCGGAUGGGGAGGGUGUCACAGAAAACGGAGUCGCUGUGUGUGACGGGAAGGAACCAGUUAAGAGGAAAAAAAGUUCCAAAUUGGAGGGCAAGGGGACUGUAUCUAAAGUCACCGGGAAAAAGAUCACCAAGAUCAUCGGUCUGGGAAAGAAGAAGCCGUCCACCGAUGAGCAGACCUCGUCCGCCGAGGAGGACGUGCCCACCUGCGGCCACCUGAGCGUGCUCUCCAACAACCGCUGGCGGGAGCGCUGGUGCCGGGUCAAGGACAACAAGCUCGUGCUGCACAAGGACAGAACCGACCUGAAGAGCCACAUCGCCUCCAUCCCUCUCCGCGGCUGCGAGGUGAUUCCAGGCUUGGACUCCAGACACCCCCUGACCUUCCGGCUGCUUCGCAAUGGGCAGGAGGUGGCUGUGCUGGAGGCGUCGUCCUCUGAAGACAUGGGCCGGUGGAUCGGGGUCCUGCUGGCAGAGACGGGGUCCUCGGCAGACCCCGCAGCCCUGCACUACGACUACAUCGACGUGGAGACGUCCGCGAGCGUCGUCCAGACGGCUAGGCACGCCUUCUGCUUCAUGAACAGGCGGGGCGUCUCUACCAACCCGUACCUCGGGGGCACCGCCAACGGCUACGCCCACCCCAGCGGCACGGCGCUGCACUACGACGACGUCCCCUGCGUCAACGGCUCGUUGAAGGGCAAGAAGCCCCCAGUGGCGUCCAACGGGGUUGCAGGAAGAGGCAAGGCUGUGGGCGGUCAGCAAAAGAGGGCAGCCUCGGCCAGUGUGACACGCACACCUUCAAAUGCUGACCAGUACAAAUAUGGCAAGAACCGGGUGGAAGCAGAUGCCAGGCGGCUGCAGACCAAGGAGGAGGAGCUGCUGAGGCGGAAGGAAGCCCUGAGGACCAGGCUGGCCCAGCUCCGGAAGGAAAGGAAGGACCUGCGGGCCGCCAUUGACGUGAACGCCGGCAGGAAGAUGCAGCCGGUCCUGGAGGAGAAGCUGAAGGCGCUGGAGGAGGAGUGCCGGCGGAGGGAGUCGGAGCGCGUCAGCCUGGAGCUGGAGCUGACCGAGGUCAAGGAGAGCCUCCGGAAGGCCUUGGCUGGCGGGAUCACGUUGGGGCUGGCCAUCGAGCCCCGGUCAGGGACCUCAAGUCCACAGUCCCCUGGGAGCAGGCACCGGCUGCUGGAGAGCUCACCCCUGUCCAGCUGCGAGACCAGUGACGCUGAGGGCCCAGUGCCUGUGAACAGCGCGGCUGUCCUGAAGCAGAGCCAGCCAGCCGGCAGUGCCCCCUGUCGCGGCCACGUGCUUCGGAAGGCCAAGGAAUGGGAGCUGAAGAAUGGGACGUAGAGGAGAGCCGAUUCGAGCCAACGCCACAGGGCGCCGCAGCGCACGCCCAGACCCUCGCGAGUAUUUUUCUACUGUAUGACGGUGCCCUUAAAGGAAUUUUCCCGCAGCCCUCGGUUUCCCACUUGAUUUGUUAAAGACAGAAAGGGAGGAAAGGUAACACGGGACCCCCUCCAGCGAGGGGCGGCGACCCGCGUCAGUGCCAGCCCAUCAGCCACAGGCUGGAGGGGCGAGGGCCCAGCGGGGGCAGGGCCCGAGUUCUCCUGCAGCCUCUGCGGCAGCGUGGCCGUCUGCCAGAGGCUGCACAGCUGGUGGCCUCGCAGGAGCGUGCGACGUGUCUCUGCGGCCCUCCCCGUCCCCUUGUCCCUAGAGGUGAAGGCCUGAGACGCUGCGUGGUGACACCUUUUCCCCUUUCCGUUUUUUCUGGACGGUCACUUUGUUGCCAGGACAAGAGAAGCGCCAUCCUUUGGGAAGGUUGAGCGUUUCUCAUGAGCGCUGUGCUUAGCACUCAGGGUUCGAGAGCCCCGUGCCCUGCUGCUGUCUGCACUGGUCUGGGAAGGAGGCCCAGGCUCGCGGCUCCACCCCUCUCGGCCUCCCCUUCUUGUGCCCUCGCUGCUGUACCCGGGGACUGGAGGCCCAGUGGGGCGCACGGUUAGUCUGGCCUCCCCAGGCCCUUUGCUGGCAGGUCCGUCCUGUGAAAAGGAUGACCUGGGGCAGGUCCUGGGAGUCGCAGUUAUGGAACUGGGACAUCACAGAGCAUGAGGGCCCUGCCAGAUCUCCCGCCCAGGCCCUCCCCUGCCUCCAGUGUGAAAAUCGAAGCCAUGAAUGCGUCCAUGGACUUGGGCUCGUCGGCCUCUCCGCCCCCUGUCUUGUUCGCCUCCCGUGCCGUGUUCCUGGGUGCUGAGGCACAGGAGGGACAGAGAGAGCCGGCCGCUGCCUUGUGGCCUCAGACCCAGGGUCCCCUUCAUCUGCAGGGACCCUCACAGGGCUCUUUCGUGAAGGGUCUGUCCCCAGGACUGUCCCACAGUCCCCUCUCCCAGCUGGGGGGGCUGUGGCGAGGGGUGGGCGACGCAGGCCUUGACUGGCCCCUGGAAGGAGGCUCCCAUCCUGUGUGGGGACUGACAGCACAGCGGUUUCCCCUGCUUGUCCCCGAGACCCUCUCUGUGCACACGCGGGGCCCCUGGGGCCAGACUGAGGUUGAGUGUCCCGGGCAGACCCUGAGGUGACAGGCUCAGCAGGAAGUUGGCCUGGGGCACAUGGGGACGUUCCCUGCACUGUGUAAGGAGCCUGCACCUGGGACCUGACGCCACUGCACAGCCACCUGCCAGGGGCAUAGGGGUCACGAGUUGUUGUGAUCUGGCACUGUCCCUCUGACCCCUUCCCACAGGGCAGCAGUCUGAGGGACAUUCUACCAGCAUGUAGCAGGGAGCUUCCCGGGGCAUCCGCAGAAGACACCAGGGUGGGGUGCGGGGCCGCUCGGUCUGGCCGCUCCUCCACGAGGAAAGGCCGGUCUCCUGUUUGUCUUUGCUGCCGUCAGAUGAACAUGGUUUCUCUGGUUAAGGCUCUUGGCCAUUGUGCUUGGCAGCCAGCUCUGCCCAAGUGCACUGUUCCUAGACGGGAGGUCCUAGCAGCCUGCACCCUUGACCUUUGCCGGCGGCGUGGGCAGCACUGAUGUGUCCAGUGGACAGCAUCUCGGCUGCGUCCGUGGGCCAUGCCCGGGAUCCAGGGCCCCCGACGCCUGGCGGAUGAGUGUGGUGCGUGUGAAGCCUCGGUUCUAAAUUCCCUCCUGUCAUCCCGACACCCCGCGCCUUCUGGGGUGGACCGAGGCCUGUAGGUCAGGGAGCCAUUUAAAGUGGGUGCUGCGCAGACACGGCUGCUGUCCGCUCUGACCGGCUCCCUCCGCACUCCAGGUCUGAUCGAAAGUUAGCUUCAAGUCUUUGCUCCAAAGUAAGUUAUUUAUUUGUAUAUGUUCCAUAAAUAUAGUCUUUAAUUUAUAUUUGUACAUACUAGACACCCACUGGGCAUCUUGUCAGAGCUCUGACGCUGAUCUCAGUCUGGCAGGUGGGGGCCGAAGCCCCGCUCCCCUGGGAGCAGGCAGACCCACUGACCGGCGGUCGUGCCCAGGGGGCUGGCCAAACUCACGGGCCCCUGCCCGAAAAGGAGAGAAACGUGGGGGGCAGAAGGGCAGCCUCCCCGGGCCCCUCCUCCUGCAGGGACCUGAAUCCACGCUGUCAGCCUCGGGCUCCAGCUUCGGCUUUAUUUUGAUAAAGUGCCAUCAGCCUUCAAAACCCCACCUACUUUUAUAUUUUUAUAAUGUUUUUAACUUGCCCACCCAGCUUUGCACAGAAGCAGUGCUGGCGAAAGGCUUUCUGUGUCGCUACCAAGGCCUGGUGCAGGGUCGCGCGUCCCCUGCCGCAGGGUCGCCUCGUGGACUGGAGCGAAGGCCCCGCACACGCCCUCCUAGCUCUCCGCGUGACCCGGAGCCAGCCCCGCCCCCAACGCUGUGGGGGGGGGGGGGGGGGGCCCUCACCGCCCCUGGGUGGUUUCUGGCCACUUCUGAGAACCGCAACCACUCCCUCGGGUCACAGGUUUGCCGCCCUUUGCAAAGUCUGCUUCAGAAUGUGUGUGUCCAAGGUCCUGGGGACCGCCCAGGAGGGGCUGUGGGCUGGCUUGGUCGGGGCCACAGCUGACACUUGCCUGCCGGUUCCCAGGGACCACUGGGGGCAGGACUCCCUCGCUGUGGUCACAUCCUGUCUUCCCAGAAGACUGUUCACCACCAACAGGCUGUGGGGGACCCGGCUCAGCAGCCAUUGUCUUCUGUUUGUUCAGGUCACAUGACAGGCGCCCCCCCGGUCCAGCCUGGGGGUCCUGAGAGCAGCCUGUCCCAAGCUCUGCGACCUGCGUCCCCGCCAGGGCGCCCCUCGGAGUGUGAACUUGCGACCCUUGCCUUCCUGUUUGUUCUGCAGUGAUGUGUGAUGGGAAAGAGGGUUUCAAAUCAGGGCAGUUUUAAAGAAGGUGACUGUCGUUUUGUCCCUGCUGUUACUGCUGUCUCAUUACCUCCCCGACGGGGGACAGUGUGAGACAGGCCACAAGUGGACGGGAACCUGCGUGUCGUGCACACGGGACACAGCAUCACAGGGAAGCAGAGCCACCCCCACCUGGGACACACGCCCGUCCCCCCAGGCUCUGCCGGCCACCGCCAGGGCCGCAGGCCCGGAGGCCUCACCUGUGCGGGGCCCUUCCUGUCACUUGUGGGGACAUCUGAUCACAAUUCUUAGGGACCAGAUGUGUUUUUAAUAAGAUGAUCUUUGUAUUUUAUUUUCUACUGAGAAGGGCUGUUUGGAUUCUGACACCAACUUUCAGAUUACAGGUCCUCGGCCUUGCUCGGCUGCGGCCAUCCACUGUGAAACGCUUUUAUGUGAGAAUGUAACUAUUUCCUUACUGUAUUUUUUAAAAACUAAAGUCAUAUUUCAAAUUCUCUGAAAGAAGCAGGCAGGAAACAGGGAAGAUUUUGUUUAACCACGUAUGUUGGUCGUAUCCACUUUAAAUGACUGUAAAUAUAUUCUCACUGCUUCUCGGCGUAUUUAAUUCAUCAAGUGAAAGGCUGUACCAGAAGGAGGGAGCCGUGGGGGCGCCCAGUCUCCGCCCACCCACGGUGGCCUCACCCAGGCGUCUUCCCUGCGGACCUGGCGGCUGCCCCACACGGCUAGGCCCGACGGGCGCCGGCCUGCGGCGCGACUCGAGUGCGUGUUCUCAAUAAAACUCUGCCCUCCGA